AUGUUUCGCUCUCUUCCAGCCAACCCCUUCAAGUACUCCUACCGGGACCGUACCCCAGACCCAAGUACCAACAUCAUAAUGUCUUCUGCCUCAAGCCCUGCCGGCUCCAGCAGUGAUGCCGAAACAAUGAAAGAACUUCUAGACCGUGGUGAGGUCAAGGCAUCCUGGAGAGACAAACAAUUCAUUCAUUUCCUGGACCUCAAGGAAGAGUACGGCCGUGAGUUUCUUGGUCUGGUGAAGGAUCAUGUUGAGCAGAGCGAAUUUGAAUGGACAGAGAUCCUCAACUCUGAGGACGAGCGACACAACUGCGCUAAGAGUUUCGUCGAAGAGUACGGUCUGAAGUACUGGGGAACUCCAGCGAACAGAAAGAAGUAUCUACAGGAAGAAUCCCUUGCGGAUGAGAAGACGCUUUGCACUUAUCCGGCUCAGAGUGAGGAGAUCGCUCGAACAAUUGCCAUUCUGCUACUUAGGAAGGCGAAGAACUAUUCCAGACUAAGUCAAGAGAAGGCAAAGCCAUUGCAACCAGUCAAAUCACCCUUUGAAAUGGCUAGUACCAAAAAGAGAAAAUCUACUGUCAAGGAGACGGACGAGGACGACACCGACAAGCCUGCAUACAAGGCGCGGACCCGCAGUACCCCAAACACCAUUCGGCCAUUCAAGGCAAUCGUCUCUGACUCUGAGCCCGAGGCCGAAAUCCAAAACAAUACGGCGAAGAAGUCCAAGAAACAGCGCACUUCUCUAGCUAACCGCUACAAGGGAACCCCAGAGGUUCAAUUGAAACCUCCCAAAGGGAAAGAGAGUAUAUCUGCCCCAGUUAAGGGAACAUUCGUGCACCGUGCUGCUCCUCACUACACAAAGGACCCCACCACAGAGAGCAACAGCAACCAUAUUAACAUGACUGACGCUGCUCCUCAGUAUCCUCAGACGAAGAACACCAAAUCCCCUAUUACAGAAAGCAACAACCAGAUCAAUAUGACUAUGUCUGAGUAUGCAAAGGAUACCAAGUUCCUCGUCACGGCAAGCAACCAAGUCGGAAUGGCUCCCGUGUGGCUACCAUUCACGGAUUUCGCUGCUCAGGCCACGGACUUCCUAGAGCACAUGGCGGAACAGUGCAACGUGAUGGAGUGGAGCCCCUCAGCGCAGUUGAAAUGGGAUUCCAUGUCGCCUCAGGUUUUCGCUGCGUCGGUCAGGUUUGACUGGUCGGACUUUGAGAUUCGUGUGCGUCGCGAAUGUAAUGAGGAUCUGCUCAUUAUGUUGCAGGAAUUGGAUAACGCCUGGCAGGCUGAAGCGAAUGCACAGGAUGAAGCUUCUUCCUCCGGAGCGGUCUUUAAGAUUAGAGUGAUGCUUCAUGUGGGGACUUCCUGA